CUACCUUCCAAUCCUACCCAACACCUCUUCUCUCUCUUCUCUCCCUUUCUCUCCCGUUCUCACAGGUAACACCAACAACGACUUCUGUGGAGAAUCAUCCUCUUCUUCUCUCAUUCUCUCUCUUUCUCUAUCGAUUACCCUUUACCCAAUACACAAUGAAAGGAUAAUUGUGGUGGUUUAGUGUAGGUAAGGUAUAGGUGUAUCCGAUAAUGGUGGCUGGGAAGGUCAAAUUAGCAAUGGGUCUGCAAAAAUCACCGGCGAAUUCCAAAACGGAAGUACAACAGUAUCCACAACAAAGGCAGCAUCCGUCUCCGUCGCCUAGUUCCGGUGGAGGUGGGAAGGUGCCGCAGAAAGGGGCGGUGUUUUCACGGUCAUUUGGGGUUUAUUUCCCACGGUCCUCUGCUCAGGUUCAGCCGCGGCCGCCGGACGUGGCGGAGUUGUUGCAUUUGGUGGAGGAGUUGAGGGAACGGGAGUCGCGGUUAAGGACGGAACUGUUGGAGCAAAAGUUACUGAAGGAGUCGGUUGCUAUACUUCCGAUUUUGGAGAAUGAGAUCUCGAGAAAGGAUUCGGAAAUCAGUCGAUCCUCGAAGAAGAUCGAGUGUCUUGAAGCGGAGAAUGAGAGACUGAGGCAAGAUGUUGAAAUGCUGCAUUUAAAGCUUACUGAACAAAAACAGGAGUUCGAGCAGAGAGUGAAGGAUUUGGAGGUGGCUUCGGUUACGUCUUCUUCGCAUAGGUUUCAGCAGUUAAUGGAUAUUUCAGGGAAGUCUAGUAUGAUCAAGAGCUUAAAACGAGGCCAAACGUUUGCGAAUAUUCCGGCGAAUCGGAAUCAUAACGAAAUCGACAGCAAAUGUUAUACAGAAUCGAGCUCAAAGGAGUCAAUAUUAGUAGAAAUCGACAAUUUGCCUAGGCUUUCUAGGUGUGAUUCGUUAGACAUGGCAACAGAUUCCGUUAUUGAAGUCCGUUCACGAGUUCCUAGGGUUCCAAAACCCCCUCCACGGCCGUCUACAUCAUCGUGUUCAUCGUCUUCUUCUAAUAGCUCACUGAGCAGCUCCGCAGAGAGGGCUUUAACAGAGCAACAACCUCCGGUCCCACCUCCUCCACCACCAGUAACAAAGCUAGCCCCUCCGCCACCACCACCGCCUCCAAGAACCACCAAAGCUCCUGCUCCUCCCCCUCCACCACCUCCGCCCAAGGGUAUAAAGCCUUUGCCGGCGAAGGUCAGAAGAAUACCGGAAGUAGUCGAGUUCUACCACUCUCUCAUGCGGAGAGAGUCCCGCCGGGACUCCUGCAACGGAUCUUCGUCCGCCGACGUCCCGUCCACCGCCAAUACACGUGACAUGAUCGGAGAAAUCGAGAACCGGUCAACGCACUUGCUUGCUAUAAAGACAGAUGUGGAAACACAAGGUGAUUUUAUAAAGUUUUUGAUCAAAGAAGUUGAGAAUGCUUCGUUUACAGAUAUUGAGGAUGUUGUGCCCUUUGUUAAAUGGCUUGAUGAUGAACUCUCUUACUUGGUUGACGAGAGGGCAGUUCUUAAGCACUUUGAAUGGCCAGAACGUAAGGCUGAUGCAUUAAGAGAAGCUGCAUUUGGUUAUUGUGAUCUAAAGAAGCUUGAAUCUGAAGCAUCAUCAUUUCGUGAUGAUCCACGUCAGCCUUGUGCUCCUGCUCUCAAGAAAAUGCAAGGAUUAUUUGAAAAAUUAGAGCAUGGAGUGUAUAAUUUAUCAAGAAUGCGAGAAUCCGCUUCCACACGUUACAAAGUAUUUCAAAUCCCCAUGGGUUGGAUGGAAGAAACAGGAUUUGCAACUCAGAUUAAGCUUGCAUCAGUGAAAUUAGCACUGAAGUACAUGAGAAGAGUAUCUGCAGAACUUGAAAUAGUUGGUGGGCCCGAAGAAGAAGAGUUGAUAGUUCAAGGUGUACGAUUUGCAUUUCGUGUACAUCAGUUUGCUGGGGGGUUUGAUGUGGAAACGAUGCGGGCGUUUCAAGAGCUUCGUGAUAAAGCAAGAUGGUGCCAUGAACAGUGUCAAAACCAGCAACAGCAGCAGCAGAAAACGUUGUGUAGGUCGACUGCGUGCUAAACAUUCUUUAUCUGUAGCAAACUCAGCUUCAGCAUUUGUUACCGGGCUUUUUUUGCUGUAAAGAUGGGACUCGUUUCGUGUGAAUACGAUGACCUUGCUUGUAUUUUUAUUUAUUAUUGUUAUUAUUAUUAUUCAAGUUUCAAUAUCAUAAUUAAAAGUUAAAUGCCAUGUUA